UUCAACAAGUUGAAGAGUCCUUUUCUUCUUUCUUUUUUUAUUUCUUUUCUCCUCUUUUCACAUUUCUUUGCUUUCGCUGAAACUAGAGCUGGAAAAUCAGCUCACAAUCUUUACUCUCUGAUGAUCUGUUAUUCAAUCGACAUCAUAUAAUCGAUCAGAUUAGAGUUUCAGUUCGGAUUGUAAAAUGAAUUCUUCGUCGGAUCGAUUGUUUGGUAGACAAAGGACUAUUCAUGAGCUUCUAGGUGGAGGAUUCAUUGCAGACAUAAUCCUGUGGAGGCGGCCAAAUUUAACUUCUGGAUUAUUGUUGGUGACAUUUGCUGUCUGGAUAGUGUUCGAGAAAUCUGGUUAUACUCUAUUAUCGCUUGUGUCCAGUGUUCUCCUUCUACUGGUUGUCAUUUUCUUUGUCUGGGCAAAAUCUGCUUCCAUUCUCAACAGACCACCUCCACCAUUACCAGAAUUACAUAUUUCAGAAGAAGUUAUGAAUGAAGCAGCAGCUAUAAUACGAAGUCCGGUAAAUGCAUUUUCUUCUGUUUCUUUGGAUAUUGCACUAGGGAAGAACUCGGACCUGUUUUUUAAAGUGGCUGGAGCUCUCUUGCUGCUUUCGGUCAUUGGUGGUUGGACAGAUUUCCUUACAUUGGGCUACACCAGUCUUUUUCUUGUU